AUGCAUGCUAUUGCAUCCAGAUUGAAAGACGAAGAUAAGCUUGCCGAUUUUCUUGAGGACUAUCUAGAUGACGAGUUGAACAUGAUCUGUGAAGAUGAAUCCAUACCCGAGGUGGCCAAACUUCUAAUGGACGGAUAUUUUCUGAUACGAAAUAACCAGUUGUCGGAACUUCAGUCAAAGAUGAACAGCUUGCCUGCACCAUGUGACCUUAGUCAGUGUCAAGCCCAGUCGAAUGUAGUCGAGUUCGAUGGUAACGAAGAAGCUUCUGAGUCAACAGAAGAACAAAGUGAAGAUGACAUAGAAAUGAAUGAAUGA